AUGCCAUUUCCCUACAAAACUGUACUGGUGGUUGGCGCCACCUCAGGUAUUGGGCUUGCCCUCACUGAGAAAAUGCUUUCCGAAGGCGUUACCAAAAUCAUAGCUUUGGGCCGUCGUCAAGAUAAACUGGAUGACUUACAGAAAAAACAUGGAGAUUCGAAAGUUUCAACCGUGAAAUUUGAUAUUACGAAUCUUGAGGGUAUUCCCAAGAUGGUUGAGGGAGUCCUCAAAUCCCACCCCUCCCUCGACUGCGCAUUCCUCAAUAGUGGAAUACAACGAUCUCUCGAUUUCACCCAACCCUCAUCCAUAGAUCUCGAUCUAAUUUCUACAGAAUUCACGACUAAUUAUCUCUCCUACGUUCAUCUUACUAAAGCACUUCUUCCACAUCUACAGAAUAGAGUCAAGGGUGGCGAAAACGCGGGAUUGAUAUUCACGACUAGUGGAUUGGCUUUAGUACCCAUUUUGAGAGAUGUGGGUCAGAGCGAAAGUGGAAAUACUGCGGAGGAACAGACUUCGGGGGAGAAUAGAAAGAGUAAGGGUGUACAGGUUAUUGAAAUCUAUCCGCCGGCUGUUCAGACGGAGCUACAUGAUGAGAAACAUCAGCCGGAUAUUAAAGAUGGCAGGAAUAUGGGAAUGCCGUUGGAUGAGUUUACGGAAGAAGCGUGGAGAGGAUUGGAGAGGGGCGAUGAAGAUAUUCCUGUGGGGACGACGUGGAAGGGAUUUGGGUAUGAGGAGGUGGAGAUGAGGAGGAAGAAAUUGUUCGGCGAAAUGAUGGAAAAGAUGAAAGGGAACUAA